AUGGAUACUCCAGUGACCAUUCUGUAUUUUGCCUGUAAAUUUAUUCAUAGUCAAUUAGACUUGAUGGAUCGUAGUCAAUUGACACAUAUUGCACCCAACUCAUUUGACAACAACGAUGAUAAUGAUAAUAAUACUGUUAUAAUCAAGAAUGUUGAUAAAGAUAAAUCAUAUAAUAUUAAUACAUCGUCACAAACAUGUAACUGCUAUUUUAAUUCAACAAUGUUGUUACCUUGUCUUCACAUACUAUUUCAUUUGAAAUCUAUUGAUAAACUUAAAGUAAAUUAUGAUUUAACAUCUUUACGUUGGCUUAGACAUACAACGACAAACAAUGACAUUUCAUUUAAUCCAGUUCCUAUUUUGCAAUCAACAUCAAAUAAAAAUGACAAUCAGAAAAAUACACUUAAUAAUGGAUUUGAGUCUAGUGAUGAUGAUGAUUGUGCAGUACAGUCAAAUGAUAACAGUUGCUGCUUAACCGUGGCUGAAAAAAAUCGAUUAGCAUGGAAUGAGUUUCAUAUGAUUAAUAAUUAUCUGACGCAGCUAGGGACUACUGAAUUUUAUGAACGAUUAGAUGAUUUAAAAAAUGUGUUCAUAUCUUGGACCGAAAAGCAACAACUGAAAAAUCAAGCAGAAACUGAAACUCAGACUUCAUUAACAACAAGUCCUGAAAAACGUGAUGUUAAUAAUGUAAUACCAUUAUUUACUAUUACUCGAGUAGUUCAUCCUCGUGGGCGUCCGAAGCAAACUAAGAGACAUACAUCAUUCUAUAAAAGAAUUACAAGUGCCAAACCAUCAAGUAAAACGAAAACAAAGCGUCUCCAAGGCCGCCCACUUUCAUCCACUUUAAAAAACUUAUUAAUGAAUAACGACGUUGAUCUUGCUCCGACGCCAGCAAUAGCACCAUCACGAACAGAACCGCUGAUUGACAACAGUGAUAUUACUCAUUCUCAACAAUCAGUUAGUAGUAAUUCAAGUAGUAAAGUCACCAGAUCGGUUGCGGAAGCAGCUGUAGCAACAAUAACGUUAUUACCACGAUCAUCUCCACCACAAUCAUUUAAUAAUUUUCUCUUAGCUUCAACAGAAAACGAAAACAAACUAGAAUCAAAUUCAGUAAUCAAUUUAAAUUUAAAUGCAUUGGAAGAAAAUGAAAAUAUUAUGAAUUUAAAUACAUCAGAUAAUCAAAAUCAUCAUCAACAAGGACAACUACCAUCGAUACCAUUACCACCAACAGUUAUAACUCAUGAUGUUAAUACAACAGACGAUGAAGCUAAAGAAAAUUUAUGUAUUAUCACAGAAGAAAUAAUUGUUAAAAAAAUGCUUUUUGAUCCACCAACAAAAGAAUGGAUAAUGAAACAACUUACUGAUCUUAAAUUGAUUAGAACCAGAAGUAAUUUAUCAUCUAUAGUCAUUCCAAAGUAUGGGGUUCAACGUGAUAUAACUAUAAAUAGUAGACCAGUGGUGAUUAAAGAUAUUAAACCAGAUGGAAAUUGUUUAUUUCGCUGUUUGGGUUAUGCAAUAUCGGGAAAUGAGGAGCUGCAUGCAUCAAUUAGAAGUUUAAUUGUAAAGCAAAUUUGUGCACAAGUUUACACGAGUUAUGGAGAUGAAAAAUUUAAAAACUAUACUGCAGCUGAUUAUAUAAGAGCUACAAAAAUGAAUCACUUAGGAACAUGGGCAACAGAAAAAGAAAUUUUUGCUGCAUGCGAUAACUUCAAAACAGAGAUAUUUAUUUUUCAAUGUCACAAAGACGUCUGGAUGAAAUGGUAUCCCCUUUAUACGUUUGAUGUUGAAGAAUUUGAAGAUAUUUCUUUUAUAGAAACGUGUAAAUUGUAUAUUCGUGAUGCUGUGAAUGGAGUAACUUGUGAUUAUAAAUCAAAAUGUGCUACUAAACAUUGCCAAUGUGAAAAAUCGAUUGUCGCUUCGCUUGUUCAACGCAAUGCCAUUCGAAACGCAGACAAUUUAUUUUUAGAAAAAAAAUUAGAGCGGUUAUCAAAUCAUUUUCAAACUGUAAACUUCACUUUUGUAAAAAUGAAGCGAAAAUACACUAAAAAAGUUGUAGCUGAUCAUUUAUCAGAUGCACCAAGCGAUGCAGAAAGUGAUAAUAGUGAUAACAGUGAUGACAGUAAAUCAGUUGAACCAGUUUUGUGUAAAAGAAGAAGAAAAAAUGUGCGAAUUAUUAGAGAUUCCGAUCUUGAUGAUGAUGAGUGGAAUGAAAUCGAUGAAGUUCCAGAAAUUGAGGAUUUUAUGGGCGAUCCUGGUGUAUGUGUACAGCCUAAUUCUCCAAACAUUUUUGAUAUUACGGAAAUGGCUGUUGUCAAAGAAUUAAAUGAAACACGUCAUUCCAUGUCACUUAUUCAAAGCAGAUUAAUAUUGAUGUAUAAUCGUAUGAAAACAUUAGAAAAAACAUUACGUACUAUGAUGUUUCAAAUGAAAAAAAAACUCGAUUAUUUAACAUAUGAUGAAUUACGUCAAUUUGCCAAUGCAGUUUUCAAACAAUCAAUAAAACUAUUAUUAUUGUUUGAUAUGCCAAUGAUGACAAUAAUGAAUCGUCUACUUGCAUCUCAAACAUUUUAUUUUGUUCCUAAUACCGAUAAUAAUACGAACGGAAACAACAGAAAAAUUACAAAACACGCUGGUCCAACUGUUUUUCAUCUCGGUAAUUUUAUAAUAUCGAAUGUUAUUUUCACUAUUUGUUCCAAACCAUAUAUGCCGAUCUAUGAAAUAUUCGGUACGCCAACGUUCACAAAGAAUAUGUCAUAUGAAAUACAUAAUUUACCUCGAUUUAUUAGCAUUGAUUAUAAAAGAAACAUAUCGUUAGCCUGGUAUCAGGGUGAUAACAAUAUUGAAAAUUGUUUCUUUCGAAAAAUCACAUUGUGUCAUAUAUUACCAGUCAUGGUACGUACAAUCGAACAUCCAUGUUUACACAAUAUGUUUGCUCAUGGAGAAGAGAAGAAAAAAUGUGUAUUUAUUGAAUCGUCUAUGAAACCACCGUUCGUACGAAAUAUGCAUGAUAGUGCUUGGAUGAUAUCCGUGGCAGAAGAUAUUUGCUGUAUUAUGACAGAUAAAAACGAAGAAGAAAAAAAUGAGAACAGAAACAAAAUCGGUCUGAUCGAUGAUUCUAAUGACGAUAAUAUUAUUAUCAAAAAAUUUGCUAUCAUUCGUUUACCAUGUAAACAUAUAUUGACAUGUCGUUUAAAAAUAACAUUGAAAAAUAUGAAUUGUAAACAUGAUUCGGAUGAACAAUAUUAUCUGAGGUGCAAUGGUAAUUAUUACAAAACAGAAAAAUUGAUAAAUUUACUAAAAACUGAUCCUAUUGAUGAACAGCAAAUACUCGGAUUUGUCAACGAUGCUAAUCAUAUUAAUAUGAUUAGUAAAGAUGUAUCCAAUCUUCUCGUCGAUCAGCGUAAAAUGAAAGAAGCAGUCGAUUCAAAGUUGUUGAAUAUUCCUAUCGGUCGAACUCGUGUUAGUUUACAGACAUUAUUAAUAAUAAUAUCGAAUAUCAUGACGGUUAUUAAUAUUCUUAUUAUUUUUGUUUAUAUCAAACUGUGUUCAAAAAAAAUAUUUGUCAAUGUUCCAGUUAAAAUGGCCUAG